AUGAUUCUGUCCAUCUUAUUUAUUCUUGUUUUUUUUUCGUUGAGUAUACAGAUUUCAAUUGGUCUUGUGGUUGCCUUGAAUUAUCAUAACCCUUUCUUGAAUCCUUAUGAGGAAUUCCCGAAACUCAAGCAUCAUCCCUCCAUAAAAGCUCAACUAGAAGGUGGGACUGUGCUUCAGUAUGGGGCUCGGACAUUGAAUGAAGGUGGGUUUCAGUGUGUUCCAUAUCCAGUUUUUCCAGGAGGAGCAAUAAUUGGGUGUUCCGCUGGCUUUAAAGGGAACUCACACUGCCGUGAAAUCAGAUCAUUUAAACUAAUAUGA